UUCGGCUAACGACCACCAACCAAACAACCAUCAACGACACAACACCAGCAGCACCACAACUUCGAGCAACCAGCGAGCGACUUGUUUGACUUGUUGGACUUGUCGGACUUGCUCGCUCGCUAGCAAGCUAGCGCUGUCACGGAUCUUGUUCAACUGCGACGCAAACACACACACACACACACACACACACACACACACACACACACACACAAAGCUGUGAACGCAUCAUUGGUUGUCUCGGCUGGUUUGUGACGAAAGCGACCUGUUUUGCAACCAUCACCAUGAGUGACGAUGAGGCGCUGAACGCGGCCGUGGAAGAGACCAUCGCCACGCUGGGAAAGGUCAUCAAGCGACCACCGUUGACGGCAAAGCUGCUGAAGAAGCCUCCCUUUCGCUUCCUCCACGAUGUGGUCACAAACCUCAUGAAGUCCUCUGCAUUUCUCGAGGGUCUCUACGCAGCAGACGAGAAGGAUUCCGGCAAGGUGAAGGAAAAGGAAGCCAAGAUAACCUUCUUGCAAAAGGCCAUUGACACAACCGUCAUGGCCACAGGCAAAUCCCUCAAGGCAAGGCCAAGCAAGAUUGUCGCAGGUCGUGAUGCCGUACACACCAACGAAUGGCUCCAAGCCAUGGCACAUGCUGUCCUCGAAGAGGUGGACUCAACAGAUGCAGUUCAGCGUGUGCUUGCCGGUGAACGACCAAAAGGGGACAAGUCGAGCCGGGCGAGCAAGAGCAGCAGCAAGUCGGCUGCCAAGAAAAAGCCCUCGCGUGAGAGCGCAAGCAGCAAGACGGACGACGAACGCCACCGCUCCUCCCGCGCUGCCUCCGCCCGCUCCGCAACCAAGGGCGGUCGUGAACGCACGCGCGACAAAUCGGCACGUGCAGACAGACAGCCGUCGGCACGCGGCACACGCGACCGCCGCUCUGCUCGCCGCGAACAAGAGGAGCAGGAAAUGGAGGCGGAGCAGCAGCAACGGCCUCAUCGCCCCGCAACGCGUGAUGGCUCGCGGCCACGGGAACAGCAGGAGCCGUCCAGGCCAGAGCCCGAGGAACACGACGACACAUCAGCGGCAGAACAACAGCAGCAGAUGCAACAGCAAGAGGAACAACCCGCACAGCCGCAGGCACAAUCCCAGCCAGAGCAGCAGCAACAACAACAACAGCAAGACGACGACAGCAGUGAGCGGAGUGCAGCAGCUGCUUCUGCCAGCGUGGACCGUGAACCUUCUGCAACCCUUCCUGACGCCCCGCUGCCCGGAAACGUUCAGAAGGCCGUGCGACGACGUGAGCGCCCGAGCAGUGCUCGUCCCGCACCGCCGCGCAUCCGCCGGCCCGGCUCCGGCCUCGACGAUACAAUCAGCAGCAGGAAUGCGUCUGCCCGCGACCACGCGCCAGCGGUGAAUGUGAUCACUGCGACCCACGGCGCCGAUGACGAAGACGAUACCUUUGUUGUCUCGGACAAGCCGGACGAAAUGCCCGAACAGCCACAGGAUCUGGGUCCUACGUCGUUUGGCGGCGAUGAGCAGCAGGACGACGACGGCGAACAAGGCGCCCUCAUGCGAAAAAUCAUGGCCAAGAAGGCUGAAGAAGCCAAGGAUGCUGCGGGACCAGCAGGCGGUCAGCAGGAGGACAACUUGCAGAGAAGGAUUGACCGACAACAAACAGAGAAGGAGAUUUCAGACCUGCGGUCAUCAAUCCAGGCACUCUGUCGAUCAACAAACCCACUUGGUCGCGUGGUGGAUUACAUCCAGGAAGACGUUGACAGCAUGAAGAAAGACCUGCAGUCGUGGAAGGAGGAGAAGGAAUCCCUCACCUCAAAACUCGCAGAGGAGGAAGCCAAGGUGCAGAGUUCGCUGGCACCACUGCGUGCGCAGUUGAUGGAUUUGGAGCAGCAGGUGGCACAGAAGCACUCGGUCAUCCUUGCACUCAAAGCCAAAACGAUUGAAAACGACGAAAAGAUCCAGGUGUGUGUGUGUGUGCAGAGAAGGAGGUGGGUGGUGUGA